UAUUUGCAAACUAUUCAUAUCAAUUUGGAGCUUUUCCUGAUUAUGUUAGUGAUGACCCUAAUACUUCUGGAGGUUACUGUACUGGAACUACGUUGUUAUCUGCAGCAAAUAUAGUUCCUACUGACGAUGAUCUAAAUAGUGAUCUUUGGCAAAUUGACCUAA